UUGUGCGCAUGGGUAGUCUUUGUCGCGGAUUUGACCAUAGAUUUCGUUUUACUCUCAAAUUUGCCUAGAUUUUCAUCAAAGAAACCGACCAUGGCCGAUAAGGAAGGAGGAGGCGGUUUUGAUGAUGCUGUGGAAGAGAGGGUCAUCAACGAAGAAUAUAAGAUAUGGAAAAAGAAUACGCCCUUCCUCUACGACCUUGUCAUGACGCAUGCCUUGGAAUGGCCAAGUCUGACAGCUCAAUGGUUACCUGAUGUCACAAGACCAGAAGGAAAGGACUACUCUAUCCACAGAUUAAUCUUGGGAACGCACACCUCAGAUGAACAGAAUCACCUACUCAUUGCUAGCGUUCAGCUCCCAAACGACAAUGCACAAUUCGACGCGUCACAUUACGACAGUGAGAAAGGAGGUGAGAAUAUGGAAUUUGGCGGAUUUGGAUCAGUUAGCGGAAAAAUAGAAAUAGAAAUCAAAAUCAAUCAUGAGGGCGAGGUGAACCGAGCACGAUAUAUGCCACAGAAUCCGUGUGUGAUUGCAACCAAGACGCCGUCUUGUGAUGUACUUGUCUUCGACUACACGAAACAUCCAUCAAAACCUGAACCAAGUGGAGAAUGCAGCCCCGAGCUGCGGUUGAAGGGACAUCAAAAAGAAGGAUAUGGUCUUUCAUGGAACCCAAAUCUGAAUGGAUGUUUACUGAGCGCAUCUGAUGAUCAUACCAUUUGUUUAUGGGACAUCACCCAAGCAGCACAAUCCAAAGAAAAACAGAAUCUGGAUGCGAAGACAAUAUUUACAGGACACACAGCUGUUGUUGAGGAUGUCUCCUGGCAUUUACUUCAUGAAAGUCUGUUCGGAUCAGUGGCGGACGACCAAAAACUUAUGAUCUGGGAUACUCGAUCCAACAAUGUCGCGAAACCAAGCCACACGGUCGAUGCCCAUACAGCUGAAGUCAACUGCCUUUCCUUCAACCCCUAUAGCGAGUACAUAUUUGCGACCGGAUCAGCUGACAAGACCGUUGCAUUGUGGGAUCUCCGCAACUUGAAAUUAAAAUUACAUUCAUUCGAGUCUCACAGAGAUGAAAUUUUCCAGGUUCAGUGGUCCCCCCAUAAUGAAACGAUCCUUGCUUCAAGCGGCACCGACCGCCGCCUCCACGUGUGGGAUCUGAGCAAAAUCGGCGAGGAACAAUCUGCUGAAGACGCAGAAGACGGACCGCCAGAGUUGCUCUUCAUCCACGGAGGACACACUGCCAAGAUCUCUGACUUCUCGUGGAAUCCAAAUGAACCCUGGGUAAUCUGCUCCGUAUCAGAGGACAACAUCAUGCAGGUCUGGCAGAUGGCUGAGAACAUCUAUAAUGACGAGGACCCUGACCCACCAGCAUCAGAACUUGAACCUUCAUCAACAUCGUAAAGUCGUGCGAAUAGACAUUUCAAAGACUUGUUAUUAAAAACUGACAUCGGAACCGUGCUAGAUCUUAGACAAUAUGUUGUGCAUAUGACGAGUCAAAGUUGGUGAGGAAUAUUCCAGAGCUUGGCAUCAUCUAUUGGAAUCCAAGGCACUGAUCUGACUGCAUGGAAUUGGUGCCGUCUGUGCUUGGAGUUCCAGUCAUUUCUGAUAGUUCAUAUCAGGAAGUGUCAUGUAAGACUGGUAACAUGUUCACCAAAUGAGCAUUUAUACUUUAGACAUUUGUGCUGUUGGAUGGUCUUGUGAAAGUUCUUUUCAUUAUCUGUAUUACUUUAUGAAUUCAUUCACGCAUCUGUUUGCUGUCCUGGGUUGAUCUGGUUGGUCUCCAAAUGUACUGCAAAGAUCGACCAUAUUGUCCCAAGGCCGAGACAGGAGAUUGUGUUCAUAAGAUUAUUGGUGGACUCGAGUUAACCAACAUCGCCCUGCCCGACCUCUUCUGUCGACCGUCGUCAACCAUUUACUGUAAAAGAUAAGCUUGUAGCAUGCUGGAAGUUACAAGUACUUCAAUAUGUUGACUGUCAUUGAGUCAGUACACACUGGUAAACCAUUUUUAGUCUCUUGUACAAAAAAUUUUAAAUGAGCAACUUGAACGAUAAUUCAGGUCAGUUGAAAUGAUAUCAAGAAUUGUAAUCCUGAACAGUCUGAAUCAUAUUAAUUUAAAAAUGGAAUCCUAAAUGUAAAUGUAGCAUUUUGAUAUCAUGAUGAUAAAUAUGAAUUUCUUGA